AUGAGCACUUUGCUUCGUCUUUUGCCUCCUGCCGAGUUCGGGUGGCCCCUGCUCAAGCCGCCAAGACCGCAGUCAAAUGUCCGUGUACGACUACGCAAAUACACAAGUCUUCCUGAGCUCACUUGGCCACAAAGUACCACGACGCCUGAAGACCUCGGAUUCAUCAAGUUCCCACGACAACUUAAGUGUACCCUUCGGAUCGCCAAGUUCCACUACCGUCGCCAAAACUUGAGAUGA